AAAGGUCGGUUUAUUUUACACUCCCUAAUCUAUUGUGAAGCUGUUCAGUUGCUGUGAGCGACUGUAAAGGGUUUAAUCAGGGCAGGAAACGGGUCUGUCCCGGGUCUCAAGAGGAUUCUGUUCACCAGCUGAAGGACGCAGUUUCCUGAUGCAGUGCUGCCAAACCUCCUGCAGAGGGCAGUACUGGUCGACUGGUUUUGAUGAAGGCAGGAAGUGUGUGAAGGCAGCAGCAUGGAUCAGUGUGAGGACGAGACAGUUCCUCUGGAACAGAAGGGAGGACGAGAAGCUCAGAGCAGUCAGCUUCAAACACAUGACGAUGUGACGUCUCAGGACCAGGAUGACUCCAGGGAAGUGAUGACCUCCAGGAGUGACAGCUAUACUGUAAAAAUGUGGUUGAAGGACACUUUGAAGAAUUUGGACUCCAGUGGGCUGAAGGAAUUCCAGUGGUACCUGAAUAAUGCAGAAGAAUCAAAGGAUGGUUUCAAACCGAUCGAACUGUGUUAUCUGGAAAAGGCGGACAGAUUGGACACAGUAAAUCUGAUGAUGCAGAGGUUCUCCUCAAAGACCAGAGAGGUGGCCGAGACGAUUUUAAAGAAGUUAAAAGGAAAACCUGUUGUCCAGGACGAUCCAGUCUCUCCAGCUGGUGCAACAGGUACGGUAGUUGAAGUUUGUAAAAAGUUGAAGUCUAAGCUGCAGAAGAAGUACCAGUGUGUGUCUGAGGGGAUCACUAAAGCAGGAAAGAAAACCCUUCUGGAGCAGAUCUACACGGAGCUCUACAUCACAGAGGGAGGGACCGGAGAGGUCAACCAUGAACAUGAAGUCAGACAGAUUGAAGCAGCUUCCAGGAAACCAGGCAAAGCAGAAACAACCAUCAGACAGGAAGACAUAUUUAAACCCCCACCUGGAAGAGGGGGGUCAAUCAGAACAGUGAUGACGAAGGGAGUGGCCGGCAUCGGGAAAACAGUCCUAACACAGAAGUUCAGUCUGGACUGGGCUGAAGGCAGAACCAACCAGGACAUCCAGUUCCUGCUUCCAUUCACCUUCAGACAGCUGAAUGUGCUAAAAGAGAGAAUGUUCAGCUUGUUGGAACUAAUUCAUCGAUUCUUCUCUGAAACCAGAGGAAUCUGCAGCUUUGAAGAGUUCCAGGUCGUGUUCAUCUUUGACGGUCUGGAUGAGAGUCGACUUUCUCUGGACUUCCACAACAAUGAGGACCUGACUGAUGUUACAGAGUCCACCUCAGUGGAUGUGCUGCUGACAAACCUCAUCAAGGGGAACCUGCUUCCUUCUGCUCGUCUCUGGAUCACCACACGACCCGCAGCAGCCAAUCAGAUCCCUCCUGAGUGUGUUGACAUGGUGACGGAGGUCAGAGGGUUCACUGACCCACAGAAGGAGGAAUACUUCAGGAAGAGGUUCAGAGGAGAGGAGCAGACCAGCAGGAUCAUCUCCCACAUCAAGACAUCACGGAGCCUCCACAUCAUGUGCCACAUCCCAGUCUUCUGCUGGAUCACUGCUACGGUCCUGGAGAACGUCCUGGAGAAAGUCCUGGAAACCAGAGAGGGAGGGGGGCUGCCCAAGACCCUGACUGAGAUGUACAUCCACUUCCUGGUGGUCCAGGCCAAACUGAAGAGGGUCAAGUAUGACGGAGGAGCUGAGACGGAUCCACAUUGGAGUCCGGGGAGCAGGAAGAUGAUCAAGUCUCUGGGAAAACUGGCUUUUGAGCAGUUGCAGAAAGGAAACCUGAUCUUCUAUGAACCAGACCUGAGAGAGUGUGGCAUCGAUGUCAGAGAGGCUUCAGUGUACUCAGGAGUGUUCACCCAGAUCUUUAGAGAGGAGAGCGGCCUGUACGAGGACCAGGACCAGGUCUUCUGCUUCAUCCAUCUGAGUGUCCAGGAGUUUCUGGCUGCUCUUCAUGUCCAUCAGACCUUCAUCAAGUCUGGAGUCAACCUGCUGGAGGAACAAAAGAACAUCUUCAGGUGGUUUAAAAAAAGAGCUGUGACUAAGCUCCAUCAGACUGCUGUGGACAUGGCCUUACAGAGUCCCAACGGACACCUGGACUUGUUCCUCCGUUUCCUCCUGGGUCUUUCACUGGAGACCAAUCAGAACCUUCUACGAGGUCUGAUGAAAUCAAAACAAAGAAGUUCACAGAACAAUCAGGAAACUAUCAAACACAUCAAGGAGAAGAUCAGUGAGGAUCUGUCUGCAGAGAGAAGCAUCAACCUGUUCCACUGUCUGAAUGAACUGAAUGAUCGGUCUCUGGUGGAGGAGGUCCAACGGUCCCUGAGGUCAGGACGUCUCUCCACAGAUGAACUGUCUCCUGCUCAGUGGUCGGCUCUGGCCUUCAUCUUACUGUCAUCAGAUCUGGAGGUGUUUGACCUGAAGAAGUUCUCAGCUUCAGAGGAGGCUCUACGGAGGCUGCUGCCGGUGGUCAAAGCCUCCAAGAAAGCUGUACUGAGUGACUGUCACCUCUCAGGGAACAUCUGUGAAGAUCUGUCCUCAGUUC